AUGGUCAUGGGAUUAUGCUUACGUGAUGCCGAGGAACGUCGUUUAUCCUUUGAUUUCGAAGCGAUAUUACCUACCGAUGAUCGUCCAGAUUAUUCUCUCGCACCUCUUCGUCAUGGUGCAAUUGUGGGUGUCAAUGGGGCAACAUUUCAUGCCCAGGACGCGAUGAAAAAGGAUUUUAAACGUGGCACAGUUGUCUGUCGUCAUUGGUUACGUGCAUUAUGUAUGAAAGGUGAUACGUGUGAAUUCCUUCAUCAAUACGAUAUGUCAAAAAUGCCGGAAUGUCGAUGGGGAAUGGAAUGUCAAGUCCCGGAAUGUCCGUUUCGUCAUGUACCAGAUGAAGAACGUGUUGAAUGUGCCUUCUAUAAACAGGGUUUUUGUUCCCAUGGAUCAAGUUGUCGCUAUCGUCAUAUGAAAUUAGCACGAGAAGAGUGUCCAGAAAUGGCGGAUUUUGCACUUCAGAGUAAAGUCGCCGAGGAAGAAAAUGGUAAACGACGGAAAGCACAACCGGUGAAUGAAUUUUUUAAAAUUGCGAUUUGUAAACAUUGGGAGAAAGUGGGUUCCUGUCCAUUUGGGGAUGAAUGUCAUUUUGCACAUGGUGACCGAGAACUUCGACCGUUUCCAAAAGGAGAAAAUGAAGAACAAGAAGGGCGAGGAGCGAGGUAUGGAAAUGGUCGUGGAAAUAAUGGUGGUGGAGUCUUGCAGGAUGGAAUCAUGUCGGACAAAAUAGGCUUUCAAACUCAAGAACGAAAGACACGACGACAGGUGGUUAGUGUACCUACAUUACUUGAUGAUAAACAACUCGUCAAGUACUUUGUCAUGCCAUCGGCGAGUUAUUUGAAUCUGGCACAUUCAGUGCAUCAUGAACGCUGGACAGUUCCUGCUACUGUCUUGCAACAGAUUAAAAUUGCGUCGGAAACAUCGGACAGUGUGUUUCUAUUCUUUACAGUUCGACUUAGCAAACAUUUUCAGGGUGUCGCGCGUGUGGUGAACGGUGCAAUGGCGAAUCUGGAUGUAGCAAAUGGAGAUGAUGUGUCACCUGGAGAAGAUUUGGCAGCCAACAUUGUGCCGUACGAGACUGAAGGACAGUCUGCGUGGUCUGGUGCGUUUGGCAUUGAGUGGCUUCGUAUUUGUGAAUGCCCAUGGGAGCGACUCGCUCAGCUUGGAAACAAACAAGUAGCUGUUCCUGACUGUCCAAAUGGCCACGAGCUGGAUGCGGAAACAGGACAUGCGCUUGUGCGCUUGCUUUUUAACCAGCCUGAGAUUAAACUUCACUACCGGUCCGUAGAAGAUGAGUUAAAGCUUCCAGGAGGUGCAGAGGAGCUUGCAACUCGCCGACGGGAAGCGGCGGAGAGCUUGUUGGGUACACCUGGUGAUGUGCCAGGAUAUGAUGGACCCGCUCCAGCGUGGAAAGUUACUCGGCCUGGAUUCGUGUUUACAUGCACAUCACAAACGAUAAAUGAGUGUUUUGGUCGCAUGCUCUUCGGUUUGGCGGCCGACCAGGAGGCGUUAGCCCUGCAACAUGUGACUCCAGGCACUCCGCUAUACCUGCUUAAUUUGUCAGAUCAGCACCUUUUGGGAAUAUUCGAGGCCGUAUCUCCUGCAAUUAUGAAUAUGAUGCCUGGUGCUUUUUGCCACGGCCCAAACAUGCCAUCACCUUUCCCAGUUCAAGUAAGCUUUGCUGUCACGCUGAACGCACCAGCUUUACCCACAUCAGACCCGCAGAUUAAGGAGGUGGUUGGAGACAAUAAAAUUAGUGUUGGACCGCUUUCUCUGCAGGUAACUCAGCAACUGGCAGAUGUGUUUGCUGACCGCAGUGGUGCUGCAUUCCCACCGAGCGGACCAGCGAUGGGUCCUGGUGUACCUGAGCGCUUCCGUGGUAAGCCAGGACCAAAUGGCGGCCAGGAUGGGCCGAAAGACCCCAAUGAGCCGGCAUUUUUGCAGAAACUUGUGGUGGGCAUUGAAAAUGACAAUGAGUUUGGAGUCACGCGUCGUAUUAUUGGACCUGCCGGGUCGAAUAUGAAACGUAUUAGCGUAGAGGCAGGUGGAAAUGCCAAGAUUCGUGUUCGUGGUCGUGGUUCUGGGUCGAAGGAAGGAGGUCCAGAAGAUGCUGAUGAACCGUUAAUGAUUCUGGUGUCUGCGGAGAACGAGCGCAGCUUUCGCAUCGCAUGCACACUUACGAGCGAGUUGCUUGCUGUGAUUCACCACGACUUUCAAAUGUUCCAACAGCGCGGUCCGCCUCAGCAUUUUCGUGGUGGCGGCGGUAACUUUGGCCGAGGUCCACCUGGUCGCGGCUAUCAUUAG